AGCUCUCUCCCUCACUCAACAAAGCAAAAGAAACAAUGGCGUCUUCUCUUGCUACAUUGCCCCAAGCCUUACCUUCCUCAUCAAUCAAGCAUUCUUCUUCUUUGGCUACUUUCCGAUCGUCUUUCCUCAAGUUCAACGGUUCCACUUCCAUCAACCCCUCUUCUAUCUCCCUCACUUCACGUGGCACAUCCUACACGACGAUCAUCCCACGUGCUGCCGCAGCAGGAUCCGACGCUAACGAAGCCAUAGCCAACACCACCUUCCACGGUCUCUGUUAUGUUUUGAAAGACAACAUAGACACCGACCAGAUCAUCCCAGCAGGAGCCGCUUGCACCUUCCCAACGAAUCAGCAAGAGCGUGACGAGAUAGCUGCUCACGCUCUCUCCGGUCUCCCAGACUUCCACAAAACCAGGUACGUUGAGCCAGGAGAGAACAGAUCAAAGUACUCGAUCAUAAUCGGGGGAGAAAACUUCGGUUGCGGAUCGUCACGUGAACACGCUCCGGUCUGUCUCGGAGCAGCAGGAGCUAAAGCCAUAGUUGCUGAAUCCUACGCAAGGAUCUUUUUCCGUAACUCAGUGGCUACGGGAGAGGUGUUUCCGCUAGAGUCAGAGGUUAGAGUAUGUGAGGAGUGUAAGACAGGAGACACGGUGACGAUCGAGCUGACUGAAACUGGUGGUUUGUUGACUAAUCACACAACCGGGAAAAACUAUAAUCUAAAGUCCAUCGGUGAUGCAGGACCUGUUAUUGACGCUGGUGGUAUUUUUUCUUAUGCGAGGUUGAUGGGAAUGAUUCCAUCAUUAACUUAAUCAUAUCAUAAUGUUAUGUUGGAUCAUGUAUGCAUAAGUCUUCGUAUUCGAGUAUGUGUGUUACUGUGUUUAGAGUUCUCUAUUUUCUUAACGUGUUUGUUUGUUUUGUAAUACUGCUCUUAUUGUUAUCAAAAGAAUAAGAAAUCAAAGUCCAAUCUGACGACA